UUUCUUUGCCGGCGCAAGAAUGCGGAACAAGUACAAGUGAGAGGCACGGAGCAAGUUUGAUGUGUGGCGUUGGCUUAGUGAUAAGGCUUUAACCCCCUAGCUUUGCCCUUUCAUCUAAUUUUAAACCGACAUGCAACAAGCAGGAAAAAAGUGGCUUAUGAUGAAAUCAUAGCCGCAGGAGGAGGUUCUGGACAAAUCCACUCUUUUCCUUAAAAAACAUAGAAUAUUUAAUAAGGAAACAAGAAAUUGCAGCUUGCUAAGUCUUGCAAGGGAGAUUGAUUUUUGUUUUUAACGAAAGGACAGAAUCUAUUCCAGCUGUCUUGAUAGCAUGGCGGUCGAGAGAAACAGGAGACUUUUGCAGGAUCUGUUGGAGAAUCCAGGGAACCAGGCGUGUGCGGAUUGCGGUGCCCCGGAUCGUGACUGGGCAUCUUACACUCUUGGAAUUUUUAUCUGUUUAAAUUGCUCAGGAAUUCAUCGAAACAUCCCUCAAGUCAGCAAAGUGAAAUCUGUUCGGUUAGAUGCCUGGGAGGAUGAUGAAGUUAAGUUUAUGGCCUCUAAUGGGAACAGUGCAACCAAAGCAAAAUAUGAGUCGAAGUUGCCGGCAUUUUAUUAUAGACCAACGUUUACAGAUUGUCAAGUACUUCGGGAACAGUGGAUCCGUGCCAAAUAUGAAAGAAAGGAAUUUGUCUGCAUUGAGAAACAAGAGCCUUACUCUGCAGGUUACAGAGAAGGCUUUCUGUGGAAACGGGGACGCGACAAUGGUCAGUUCUUGAGCAGGAAGUUCAUAUUAUCAGAACGAGAAGGUGUGCUGAAAUAUUUCAACAAACACGAUGCUAAAGAUCCAAAAGCUGUCCUGAGGCUCGAACAAAUCAACGCCACUUUUCAACCAACGAAAAUCGGGAAUCCUAAUGGAUUGCAAAUUACAUACUUAAAAGACAACAGUACAAGGAAUAUAUUUGUUUAUCACGAAGAUGGAAAGGAAAUAGUUGACUGGUUCAAUGCAAUCCGAGCAGCACGUUUCCAUUACUUACAAGUGGCAUUCCCUGGAGCUAGUGAUGCUGAUCUGGUACCAAAACUGACGAGAAAUUACGGGAAAGAAGGGUACAUGGAGAAGACUGGUCCAAAGCAAACUGAAGGGUUUAAGAAACGAUGGUUCACGUUAGAUGACAGAAGGCUGAUGUAUUUCAAAGACCCACUGGAUGCCUUCGCUCGGGGUGAAGUGUUCAUCGGGAGUAAGGAAAAUAGCUAUAGUGUUUUAGAUGGUCUUCCUCCCUCAACCCAAGGGAAUCAUUGGCAAUAUGGAAUUACCAUAGUAACCCCUGACAGGAAGUUCUUGUUUGCAUGUGAGACUGAGAGUGAACGUCGCAUUUGGAUGGAAGCCUUUCAGAAGGUUAUUGACCGGGCAAUGUUGCCCCAAGAGUAUGCAGUGGAAGCACAUUUUAAACACAAGCCAUAGAAGAUCCUUGGUUUCUGAGGCUGUGGGCACAUUAGGAUUUCAUCUGCUCGUCACUGUUCUUUUUCAAAUAUGGAUUGUUUGGUGUUUGUGCAGCAGUCUGUUUCCCUUACCUCCGUCCGUAAUACCCAAAACUCCCUCCCUCCUCCCAAUGACUACCACAAUAGGGAUGGGGAGGUGGUAUACAAGCACCUGAAGAAAAUUAAACUGUAGCGAGGAAAGUGAAGUUGAAAGUGAUGUGCAUGUCACUAAAUUGUAAAAUCAAGAGCAUGAAUUUCACUUCAGCAUUUGGGAUGACUGUCAAAACACAUGGUUCAUUACACACAACACUGCAUGAGUAUUUCUAUUUGUUAAUAUUUAAUCACAAUGUUUCCACUGCAGUAGGACACUAUAAAUACAGUGAUGUGAAAGGCUUAAGUUUUUUUAAAAAUUCAGUCUCAUGUACCCACCUGUAAUUGUCCAUUGCUGGUCAUGUGCCAAUUCUCUGUGCGUCAACUUUGUUCUUACAGUCUUCAAGCAACUGUAUUUAAGUAUACGAAGUAAAACUUAAAUUUAGCUGUACAGACUUUGAUGAUCAGUGAUUCUACAUGAUAAACUUUCUCGAAGGGGAGGCAAUGGCCUAGUGGUAUUAUGGCUGGACUGUUAAUCCAGAGAUCCAGAUGAUGUCCUGGGGACCGGGGUUUGAAUCCCACCAAGGCAGAUGGUGGAAUUUGAUUUCAAUAAAUAUCUGGAAUUAAGAGUCUAAUGAUGACCAUGAAUCCAUUGUCGAUUGUUGGGAAAAACCCAUCUGGUUCACUAAGGUCUUUUAGGGAAGGAAACUGCCAUCCUUACCUGGUCUGGUCUACAUGUGACUCCAGACCCACAGCAAUGUGGUUGACUCAUAACUGCCCUCUGGGCAAUUAGGGAUGGGCAAUAAAUGCUGCCUAGCCCUCAUCUGUCAAUGAAUAAAAAAAAUGUCCGUAAAGACGUUUUGUUUUAGUUGCAAUUGUGACGACUUACCUAGAAAACUUGAAAUUGUUUUUUAUUUCUUGUGUGUAUAUUUUCUGUGGAUUGCCAAACAAAAAAUACAAAUAUAGGUGUCAGUAAAGCUGAAAUUACAGUCAGUACCUAGGCUCACAAUGGUACUGCUGUCUUCUGUACAAAAUGUACAGCUUGAAUUAAAUUGUGUAUGAAGCUGUUUUUAGAGGAGUGUGUUCUCAGAGAUGUGUUCUCUAUUUAAAGGAAAUAAUAAUUAGCUUUUCUGUACUGCUCAGCUUAAUGUUAAAUUUUAGUGAUAUGUUGUGUUCUGUGAUGUUUGUGCCAGAUAAUAGUGUAAUAUAAGAUUACCAUGGUAAACAAUGUAAAAAGCCUUCACAUUGCAACAAUUCUUCCUAAAUUGUAUCCACAGCUUUUUAAUAUGCAUAUUUUUUAAAACUGACGUAAAAAGAUCUGAAAUUUAUUUUGCAAAGUUGUGAAUUAAUUCCUCCAAUUAAACCACCAACCCUAUCAAUCAAUUUUCAUUCACCAGUGUGCAGUACCUUAGUUACAGUAACAUUAAUAUUACACUAAAUGCAUUCUUUAAAGGUGUACCUCAACAAUGGGACCAAUAAUCUUUUCUCAGAUGUAAUCUCAGCUCAACCAUUAAGCAUCCCUAAGGUACCUCAAAUAAUAGCGUCCAAAACAUAGAAUCUCUAACAAUGUAUAGCAAGCUUGUUACAUAUGGAAUUUAUGGAGACUAAACAUGGUUGUGUGAUGGAUUUUUCUGAACAAAAUGUCAGUGGGAACAUGCUGUUAUGAUGUGGUUGUUCCAGUCUUCGAAGGGAAAGAAUAUUGACUUGGAGAUUCUACUAUAACAGUUUGAUAAUUUGGAAAAGUGGAUUAUGUCAACUGACAUGGAAUGAAACUGCUUUUCUAGGUGUCACUGAAAGCACGCUAGGGAACAAUAUGCUUCAGCAAACCAACACAUCAAGAGAGCGGAUUUGAGAUGAGCCUCAGCAGACUUUUUAAGGCAAGAAGUGAAUUAAGUGAAGGAAAAAAAUCUACAUUAUAUUCUUUAUUCCAAAUACAGAAUGAAGUUUUCAGAAUUUAAUUUAUAUAUCGCUAUGUGCAAUUUGCACUGUUUCAGUCUCCUUGUUUUUGUUCACCUGUACCUCCCUGCAUAAUUCAAUAGAUUCACAGCCAGUAUUUCAAAAUAGAUUGUAGCUGAAGAAUCGUGCAUUGGAAGUAACACAACACCUACAUUUUCUUUGUUUCUUCUCUUGUACUUAUUGGGAUUUUUAUUGGUCCAUAUGAUCACUUACAUAUGGCUUUUGGAAAUGUAAAAUGUUAUGCUGCUAACAAUUAAAAUGAAGUACGCACUGGUAGCUAAAGAAUAGCAGAACUAAUUUUACUUAAGUAAUUUUUAAGGUUUCAGGCAAUAUACUUGAAUAGGAAUGUUAUCAAAAAAGUGGAUAACAGAAAAUAAAGAUCCUGAUGGUUACGAGGAAGAGUAAAAUGAACCAUAGAAUUAAUUAAAGCAUAAAUGUGUUCAUAUCCAUUCCAUUUGUGUUAUUUUAAUAUGGUGUGCAUUUGAUUAUGGAAAUUAUGCAUAAUGUACAGUGGAGAAUAUGGUGCUGAAAUGAAAUACUUAAGUUAUCAUGGUGUCCCAGAUCAGACUUUGUAUUUUGAUUACUUUCAAUUAAAAGGUCUUGAUUGUGUUGCACAAAUGAGGCAAUA